AUUCUUACAUUAAAAAUUAAAUAAAAAUAGUACUAUUAAUCGAUGAAAUAAAAUAAUAAGUUUCACAAAUAUUAAUAUUAAGUGUAAUAUGGUUUGGUAUAAUAACAAAAUAAUUUUCAUAACGUACAAUUCAAAAUAUGGUGCAAUAUUAAUAAGUUGAGGUUAUAAAGCCGGUAAAAUAUUUUUAUUAAAUUAUCCGUUAUUUAAUUGAUAAUUAUUCAAAAAUUCAUAUUACAAGUUACCUCUAAACGAUUUUUUGAUAAGUAAAGGCAAUAGACAAUAAUGGAGCGUAUUCAAUUUCCUGUAAUAGAUGAAAAAGAUCCACAACAGAUUUUUUCUCGAAUGCUGACAGAGCGUCUUAAACACAAUAAUGACCAGACAAAGUGGUGGAAUGAUUACAAAAAAAGGCAUGAAAAGGUAAUUGAAGGAUUACAAAUACUUCCUCAAGAUCUUUCUUCAAAUUGCAUGGUACCAAUUGGUAAACGUGCAUUAAUGAAAGGAAAGUUAACUCAUACAAAUGAAAUUAUGGUUUGCCUUGGUGAUGGUUACUUUGCUAAAUACAGUGCAUCACAAGCAAUUGCUCUUUGUGAACGUAGAAUCAAAAGAGCAAACGAAAUGUUGGAGCACUUAGAAAAAGAAAAAAAUCUAUUUGAAAUGAGACAAUUGAUUCCGAACAUAUAUAAUGUAUUUGAAAAUCCAGGCCAAAAAGACAUAAUUGAGUAUUGCGAAGAGAAAGAAAUAAAUGAUUGGAGAAAUGAACACAGGCAGCGGGAGAAAGAAUAUAGAAAAAAAUUAGCUGAGUUAAAGAAUACAUGUAAGCAGGAAAUACAGUCGCCAGAAGAUCUUUUUAAAAAACUUGAUGCUUUAGAACUUCAGGAAGAAUUAGAAGAUGAGCUUAUUAGAUUAGAAGACGAAAAUCAAUUAGACGAUGAUCAGUAUUAUGAUGAGUCCGAAGUUGAUUCUGAAUCAUAUUCGUCUGAUUAUUCUGAAGAGGCAACCAAUGAAGUUCAUCAAAAAAAAUCAUCGAAAGUAAAUCAUCGGCUUCAAAUAUUAAAUAGUGUAAAUACAUCUGAACUACAAUCAGAUUUGAAAAAUUCACAUAAAAAUGGAUUAAAUUCUCACAAUGUUCAUGAAAAUGAUUCAUUUAGCAGUACAAAUAAUGGAAUGGAGCUUACCAUUAAAUCAAAAACAGAAGAUUCCACUCCAGAAAUGAUAAAAGGGUCUGAUAAAUCAAAAACGAAAGAGAAAAAGGUCGUUUUUGCUGAACCUCAAGUAAAAUAUUUUAGUAAUGAAGAAGAGAUGGAAGUUGCUACAGAAAAAAGAAGAGUUUCAGUGAUUGAACAACGAUUAUAUGAAUAUUCUAAAGAAGAUGAUGAGUCUGAAGAUGAAAGUGAUGAAGAUGAAACAAUCCGAAUUUAUUUUAAACAUUCUGAUAAAGAAUCUAUUCAUUCUUCAUCAAAUGGCGAAGAAAUUCUAAGCCCACGAGACAUUUAUAAAAUAAUUCCUAGCCCAAAAUCAAUUCUUAAAAAGACUUCGGGUGAUAUUCAAUAUAACGUACAAUCUUCACUUGUAAAUAAUUCUGCUUCAGAAGAAGAAAGCAAUGCAGAGUACGAUAUUCCUUCUGCUUAUGAAUCUGUUGUGAAAGACGUAAAAGAAAGAGUAAUCGAAACAAACGUGAACCCUCCAAAAACAACACAAAAACAGAAAUUAGUUAGCAAAUUUAAGUUGGAAAGAGCUGGACUCAAGAAGUGAAUUACAUGCAACAAAGUGAUUUAAUUACUGUAUCAAUCUUCUUGAACUUAAAGCAGUCCCUAGUGUCACAUUGACGUAUUUUUUGGUGUUCAGAUUGGAAAAUUUAUUUUAUUAAUGAAACUUAAAAAGCCAGAAAAAAUAUAUGACACCAAUCACUAUAA